GAAGAUUAAAGAACGUGCCUCACGUUCCGAAAUUCAUCAGUCUCUUGUACGUUCUCAACUGAGCGUCAUCUAUCAAUGUAACAGGCCAAUAUUUGCAAACUAAAAUUUUUUUUUUUUUACAAUUAUCAUUUUGUUAAUUUUUAUCAUUAAUAAUUAAAUCUUGAAUGCAAUUUACAAGAUAGUGCCAAGUAUAAUUAUUUUUCAUUUACGUAAAAAAAAAAAAUAACACAAAAAGGCGAAAUUAUUUUUAAGCGUCUGAAAAAUUUGUGACAAAAGUACAUUUUUCUAUUUUUAUACAUGAAAUUGAUUGGGCAAUUUUUAAAAUAGAUAAUUGAGAGAGAAAAAUAAUAAUCAAAUGAAGAUGGAACAUACUAGUAUUUCAAUGGUGACAGGUAAUCCAAGGGGCCAAAGUGGUACAUCAAAAAUCAAUAUACCAAAUGGAAAAAAUAAAAAUGACUCUUUUGGUUUUAAUGAAGUGUUGAAUAAAAAAUCAGGAUGGAAUGUGUUGAUAGCAUCUUUAGCUGAAUUUCUUGGAACAGCAGUGUUAAUAUUUGUUGGUUGUUCUGGAUGUCUUGGUAGUCUUGGUAGUCAACCACCACCAUUUCAAGUUGCAUUUGUAUUUGGAUUUACAGUUACUCUUAUAAUUCAGAGUAUUGGUCACAUAAGUGAUGCUCAUAUUAAUCCAGCAAUAACAAUUGGUUCAAUUGUACUUGGUAAAAAAUCACUGGCUGUUGGUAUAUUUUACAUUUUUGCACAGUGUGCUGGUGCCAUUGUGGGUUAUGGAUUUUUAAAGAUUGUCACGCCAAUUGAUAUUAUGUAUGCUACUAAUCAUACAGGAGUUGAUAGUUUUUGUGUAACUCAAUUAAAUGAAAAAAUUCAUCCAAUUCAAGGAUUUCUUAUUGAACUUGCUGCAACAGGUGUUUUGAUGUUUAUGUGUUCAGCUGUUUGGGAUAGUCGUAAUGAAAAAAAUAGUGAUUCAAUACCAAUUAAAUUUGGUCUUGUUAUUGCUGGAUUAUGCAUGGUAUUUGGACCUCAUACUGGUUGUAGUUUAAAUCCAGCAAGAUCAUUGGGACCAGCAUUGUGGACUGGUAGUUGGGAUAAACACUGGAUUUAUUGGCUUGGUCCAAUGACUGGAGCAUUUAUUGCAUCUGUAUUGUAUCGUUGGAUUUUUGCAGAAAAAUUAAAAUCAUCAGUUAGUUCAUUACCAGUUAAAGCAGAGGUAAAUGCAAAUUCAUCUCAAGCUAGAACUGAAAAUGAAUUAAACAAGAUAAUUUAUGGAGAAGGAGAUAUAUGGCAAACAUUUAUAGCUGGUAUUGCUGAGCUUGUUGGUACAGCAUUAUUAAUUUUACUAGGAUGUGGUGGUUGUGCUGAUGGUAUGGCAUCAACAGAACUCCAAAAAACACUUGUGUUUGGUCUAACUGUCAUGAUUGUUGUACAGUGUUUUGGUCAUAUCAGUCAUGCACAUGUAAAUCCAGCAAUAACUGUUGGAUCAGUUAUACUUGGUAAAAAACCAAUUGCUGAAGCAAUGGUAUUUAUUAUUGCUCAAAAUCUUGGUGCAAUUUUGGGCUAUGGAUUAUUAAAGAUGAUGAUUCCUUCAUCUUCGUUUGGUGUUAAUUUUUGUGUAACAAAUAUCAAAGUAUCAUCAUCACAAGGUUUUAUGAUUGAAACAAUUUCAACAAUGAUUUUGAUGACACUUGCAUGUGCAGUAUGGGAUGAAAGAAAUAAAUUAAAUACUGAUUCAACAGCAUUAAAAUUUGGAUUAGCAGUAACAUGUCUUGCAACAGUAUUUGGACCUUAUACUGGCUGUAGUAUGAAUCCAGCAAGAUCAUUUGGUCCAGCAGUGUGGAGUAAUAAUUGGUCUCAACAUUGGAUUUAUUGGAUUGCUCCAAUUAUUGGUGCAGCAUUGGCAUCAUUUAUUUAUCGUUUUAUAUUCAAUAGAAAAACAACUACAACAGAUGAUAAAUCUUUGUCACCUGAAGCUGUUGCUCUCAAUAGUUUUUCCACUUAUGGUGUUGAAAAAUCAGAGGCUUAACAAAUGAGUAUAUAUAAAAUAUUUAAAUAAAUUUGUAUAAAUAUAUAUAUGAAAACUUUGCUGAUUUCAAGUGGAUCAACAAUUAGAUGCUAAAAAAUUUUAUGUGAAUAUUUUUGUUAUGAAAAAAAAAAAAAAAAAAAUAUGUAAAUAAAUGUGUUGAUUUAUAAAUAGUUUCUAUAUGAAAAUUUAAUCAAAUUUUUUUUUCAAAUCUUUCACAAAAUCAUUUUUAUUAUUAUAAAAUUUAUAAAAUCAAAAUGACUUUUAUUUUUCCUUAAAUUUGUGUGUACAAAAAUAAAAUUACCUUGUAUGGGUAUAUUUUAAUAGAAAAAAAAAUAAGAAAAACAUUAGGCAUGAAAAUUUGAGGGCCAGUAAAAUAACAAUAAAGUUUUUAAAUUUUAAUUUUGUGGAAAAAGAAAA